CCAGGAGAGGGGAAGCAAGAGUCGACACCUCGUGGGACGAGCUUCUCGGCUCCAGUUCUGUAGCGUACGCAACUCCAUGGCGAGCUCUCUCGGAGCCGCGCACUCCUGAUUUGCCUCCGCAUUUCCCCAUCCCACGACCAUUCUCUGCGUCCCCCGGUCCGGCGAGCCAUCCCCAGAGCGCGAGCCUGUCGCCCUGUUCCUUGGGUCCGGAUUCCGUUGCUCUCUCGCUCGAGCUCUGCUCCUCGCUGCUCGGUGCUUGGUGCCGGUUUAGAUACGCCCAGCUAUGAAGGAGCGGAGCGCAGAGCUGUGGAAGCUGGAAUAAAGGCCAGGCCUUGCACGAGUACCCAGUAAACACCCGCGACCAACUGCCGACACUUCUCUCGCGGACUAUUGUCUUCGCAUCUCUCGAACGAAAGAGUCGGGAGAGACUUUCUGCGAGUGGGCGGGAAUGCUUGAAAGAGGAAUCGAACGACGAUUCUUGGGCUCCGAGAGCGAGACCGUGAGGGAGUGAUUGUCGAUGGGCGGUGGAUUCUGGACGGGCUUUGGAUCCGUGAGUGAAGAGUUAUAUCGAGUAGUGAGUGAGUGGGUGAGUGGGUGAGUGAUUGCUUCGUUUGUCCAUUAAGUGGUUGGGUGGUCCUCUCGCGGCCCGAAUUGUGUGGGAAGCCCGCAGCUGGAGUGAUGAGUGAGUGAGUGAUCGAGUGUGUUGGGGAGGCAGGGCCAGAGGCAGAGGCAGAGGCGGAGACAGAGACAGAGACGGACGCUGGAGCGAGGUCAUUCUCUACGCUGGACAGCGGGAAGAAAUGUUCGCGAUGGAUGAUGGUGGUCGGCGAGAGCAGCGCUUCGGAAUGCGAUGAUGCGGACGGAGACGAGGACGAGGAUGAUGAUCAAGGUGCUGGAGAAGUGAUCGAGCUCGUUGUCGGGGUGAUUCGGGCGGGGAUUGAAUUGGGAUUCGGGGAAUUGCAGAGAGAGCGAUCGUAGAGGAGAAGCCAGCGACCUCCGCGCGGGACGGGAGGAAUUGGGAAAAUGCCGCCGCCGCUGCCGACGACGACGAAUGUACGAGCGAGGGCGCUGAGCACGAAAUGGGUGGUGAUGCUGUGCAUCGGGUGCUUCUGGGUGGGCACGCUGUUCACGGGCAAGAGGGUGUGGCCGUCGCCCGCGACGACGGGGCUGGUGAAGCAGGAGGCGGCGGGCGAGUUCGAGAAACUGCUCGUGCAGCAGCAGGAUGAGGACAUGGACGACGACGAGGAGUUCCGGCCCCCCAAAGACUCGUACGACGCCAAGGAGAUCCUGUCGCACAUCUCGCAGCUGCACUCGUCGGUGCGCACGCUCGACAAAUCCAUGCUCUCGCUCGAGGCCGAAUUGGCCGCCUCCCUGAAGCAACAGCAGGGCGAAGACGCCAUCGGGCGAUCCUCGACAUCGACCGAGCCCGUGAAGCCGCAGCAGCAGCAGAAGAAGAAGCAGCAGCAGCAGCAGCAGGCGGUGGUGAAUUACGUGCAGGGCAGGAACGAGACAUCGGGGCGGGCGGCCAAGAAGGCAUUCGUGGUGAUCGGCAUCAACACGGCAUUCAGCAGCAGGAAGCGGCGGGACUCAGUGCGGCAGACGUGGAUGCCGUCGGGCGAGAAGCUGCGCAAGCUCGAGGAGGAGAAGGGCAUCGUGAUGCGCUUCGUGAUCGGGCACGGGGCAAUCCGAGGCGGAAUUCUGGACCGUGCUCUGGACGCCGAGGAUAAUCAGCACCACGAUUUCUUGCGCAUCGAGCACGUCGAAGGAUACCUCGAGCUAUCAGCCAAGACGAAGAUCUAUUUCGCCACCGCCGUCUCGCUCUGGGAUGCUGAGUUCUACGUCAAGGUCGACGACGACAUUCACACCAAUGUCGGCACUCUGGCGCAAACAUUGGCCACGCACCGCCAUAAGCCCGCAGUGUACAUUGGGUGCAUGAAAUCGGGGCCCGUGCUCUCGCACCGCGGCGUGAAGUAUUACGAGCCUGAGUAUUGGAAAUUCGGGGAGAAGUAUUUCAUGCACGCCACGGGCCAGCUCUAUGGGCUGUCGCGCAAUCUGGCUGAGUACAUCGCUGCGAACCAGGGCAUUCUGAAGCGCUAUGUGAAUGAGGAUGUGUCGCUGGGCUCGUGGCUGCUCGGGCUCGACGUCGAGUACGUGAAUGACCGCAGCCUGUGCUGCUCCACGCCCCCCGCCUGCGAAUGGAAGGCCAAGGCCGGCAACUACUGCGUCGCCUCCUUCGAUUGGUCCUGCAGCGGCAUCUGCCGCUCCGUGGGCCGCCUCAUGGACGUGCACCAGCGCUGCGGCGAGCCCGAGGGCUACGCUCUGCAGGUGCCGCUGUGACGCAUGCCGUCGUGAUGCCAUUCUUUCCGCAUCCGGCCAUUCCUCCCUUCCCUCCUUCCCUUCCAUUCAUUCAUAUUCGUCGUGCUUGCUCCAUUCUAGCUCGAUAGAAACACAGAAGUUCGCUGCUGCUGCUGCUAUGGCGCUCUGAAUCGCCGGCAGCAGCAGCGGCGUUGGCGAUGGCGAUGGCGUUGCGCGUGAGCGAUUGAGGAUUUCUUCCUCUGGCAGGAAGAAUCGGUUUAUGCGACGAGAGAGGCAGAGAGCGAUGGACGAGGUGAUCGUCGUUGCUGCCCUUUGCUCUCUUGUCGGAAGCUCAGAUUAGAGGGUGCUGGACGAGGUAGGAGGGAAUAGAUUUUGGUAGAAGAAUUACAGGUGAAGGACAUGCUCGUUUGUCAGUGCGUUAGCGCGUGUGUGCUGUUGCAGUGGAGAACGAUAGGGAGGAUGGAGUGGCAGAGGCUGCAGCAUUUGGAGUUUCUGGCAUUGACAUUCCUUCCUUGUCCACGAGGCAGCACCGUAACAUCAAGAGAAUGGUCAUCUGAUCGAUCAAUUGAUCGAUUUCUCAUCAUUCAGUCGACCGACGAAAACGCCCUAGGGCCCUGAACUGCAUCCAUAGCCACACCGACCAGGUCGAAUGUGGGGACACGGAAUGUGGAAUGGGUGGAGCAGCCCUCUUGGCCACCGGCAACGAGGGAGCGAUUUGAUGGCUAGAUGUCACAUUGUACAGCAGCUGGAAUCAUUGUAGACAGACACACGAACAGAAUCACACAUACCUUUGAGGAUUGGUGAACCAGGGGUUUAAGACGCUGUCUCCCUCUCUCAAUCAGAAUUAGCAGCAGGGGCAGGAGUGGCUGGAAGGCGGGCGGAUCUGGAUCCAUUCAUUCAUUGUAUAGUAGUAUGUAAGUACCGGUACGAUCUCAUCUACCGUUUCCUCAGUCACAGUCUGGGCAGAAACGGAGAAGCUGAGGACACACGAAAUACGAAAGCAUUAUUGUUUCAAAUCCAUCCACCCUAAAUUGAAGUCUGCAAUUUGUGUCAGUUU